AUGAUUGAAAACGAUUUUUAUUUCUAUGCACAUGAAGGAAUGAUUGACAUUCUUUUGGGCUUUCCAGCAAUCAGAGAAAGAGUCAGAGAGUUGAAUAGUGAAGAUUUGCCGGAAUUUCUUAAGGAAAUACGGACGAAUCCAAAUUUUAAAGCCGCCUACGCUGAUGCAUUAUUACAAAGAUAUCUCAAUUUCAAGAACUCAAAUGAAUCUCAACACAUUUGCAAGGAAGCUUUUGCGACUAACUUGCCAGUUGUGAUUUACUCAUUGAGAGAUUUUUAUCUCUUGAAUGCUUUGAAUGAGAAAAUACUUGAAAUGAUUAAAGCAGGUUUGAUCGAUCAGUGGAAACGUGAAAGCUUUCGUCAGGGUGUUUUAAAUGUGCAAGAAUCUAUUGAACCAAAAGUUUUAACGGUGGAUGAUUUAGAAGGCAGCUUCUUAAUUCUUAUAUUUGGAUGUUUGUUAGGCUCCAUUGCUUUCCUUUGCGAGAAGUUUUUAUUGUAG